GUGCGUUUCAAAUUUGGGGCACGCCAGCCAGGCCAAGCCGUCGAGAAGAAGAAGGCGUGGCGGCUUGCUUGCGUCUCCGGUGGAUUUGGAAGCGGUUAGGUCUUCCGGCGCCUCCCUGUGCUAGUCGUCCCGUCCCCCGACGCGCACUCCCUCCUCCCGCCAACCUUGCUGGAUCUGGACGAGCGGGCGGAGGGGCUCCCGCUGCCCAAGCCGAGCCACGGCUGCCCGUCGGGGGAGAAGCAGGCAGCGCGCGCGAGCUCCCGCGGCCCGACCCAGCCGCCGAGCCGUCCGCCGGGAUCUGCACAUUUCCAUCUCACCGACGGCAUGAAAGAGGAGAACCGGUGAAGGGCUCGAGAAGCUCGAUGUCCACGACGCCGACUGCCGAGACAUCGCGCACGCUCUCGCAGCCUACGGUUGCUUCUUCCUUGAAGCCCUUCCUGAAAGGCCUGGCUUGACAGUGUAAUGACCGUUAUUUCAGUCAUGUCAAGUGAUAAAGGAAAGGUUGCGAAGAAGGGUGGAGAGGCUUCUGGACUUCUGUCAGCUCCUCGUGAGGGCGAAGUCAGCCAUGAGCCACAGAGACAACGCUCGCUCAACGGGAGGACCACUGGUCCGACCCGACGUUCAACCAAAGGAAAUUGGACCCCCGAAGAGGAUGCUAUACUGUCCAAGGCAGUUCAGACUUACCAAGGGAAAAACUGGAAAAAGAUAGCGGAAUGUUUUCCCGACAGAACCGAUGUACAAUGUUUGCACAGGUGGCAAAAGGUUCUAAAUCCUGAAUUGGUCAAAGGACCGUGGUCCAAAGAAGAAGAUGAUAUCAUCGUUCAGAUGGUAAACAAAUAUGGGCCAAAGAAAUGGUCAACCAUUGCUCAAGCUUUGCCAGGAAGAAUAGGAAAGCAAUGUAGGGAACGGUGGCACAAUCAUCUUAACCCUGCCAUAAAUAAGGAGGCGUGGACUCAAGAAGAGGAAGUUACUCUCAUUCAUGCUCAUCGAAUGUACGGAAAUAAAUGGGCUGAACUGACAAAAAUUUUGCACGGAAGGACGGACAACGCAAUUAAAAAUCACUGGAACAGUUCGGUGAAGAAAAAAGUUGAUUCAUACAUAUCUUCAGGCUUACUUGCUCAAGUCCCAUGCCUCCCUCUGAUUGAAUGCUCUGCACAUUGUAAUUCUUCAUCUGCAAUGAACCAACAAAACAACAAAGAUAGUGGUGACAAUGCUGUUGGGGAGGUAGAUGAUUCAUCAUGUAGUAGUCAAUCAUCAUUGGCCAAGAUUUCUUGCUCCCAGGUGCAGAACACUAACGUGGCUUUGAGCUGUGAUUUACAAGUAAAUGUGGAUGCCAACAAGAUAGAGGCACAGGACUCUCACUCUUCCAUUGUAUCUUCCUCAAACAAACACUUGCAAAAUGAGUUUGAUCAAAGAAUGAAUCAGCAGAUGAAUACCGGUGAAGUACCAAGUAAUUCUAUGUUCGCGGAUAACCAAACUCUUUGUAGCACAGCAAAUCAGGCAAGUUCUUUGGUACCAAUGGAUGUAGCACAGGAAAUGCCUAUCUCUAUGUUAUCAAAUGUUUCUGGUGCUGAGCAAAAACUGCAUUCAAUUUCUGAGGAUGACUGUCUGAAAUCCGACCUUUGGCAAGAUAUUUCCUUACAAAGUCUGAUUUCAGAACCUGAUACUGUUGGUGCUGAUUCUUCUUCCAGACUAAAUCACCAGCCAGAUGUAUAUUCUUCUAAAGCGGACACCGAUUUUUUGGCACAGUCCAAUCCAUCUGGCAUGAUGGGUAUUGUGUAUGAACAGAGUCUAAUGACGACAAUAUCUCCCCCUUUUAUAUGUUCAGAUAGUUUGUCUGAUGCACCCGAACAUAGAUCCAAGCCAAGAGAAAUGCCAGAUUCUCAAGCAGAGAUGAUCACACACUCAAACAAUUCUUUUGGUGAUGCUCAGAAGUCUGCUAAACUUGGCAGCAGUGAUGGCAGACCUGGGGCUUCGACAAUGAUGGAAAUCAUAACAGAAUGCGGGGACCAACAGUUGACAGAUGCUGAAGAACCUGUGGCCAAUACAGAAAAAGAACAAUCAUCGAAAGACAUUGAGACUGCACCAGAUGAAAAGAAGGAUGAGGGAGCCCUAUCCUACAAACCCCUUGUCUUUCCUGGUUUGGAUGAUCCAUUUGUCAGUUGCGAUCUUGUAACACCUGAUGACCAAGAAUAUAGUCCCUUUGGCCUUAGGCAGUUGAUUCUGUCAACCAUGAAUGUCCCCACUCCUUUAAGAUUAUGGGGCUCCCCAACACAUGAGGAAAGCCCUGAUGUUGUGCUAAAGAGUGCUGCCAAAAGCUUCCGAUGCACACCAUCAAUAAUGAAGAAAAGACACAGAGAUCUAUUGUCUCCUACUCCAGAUAAAGGAAUUGAGAAGAAAUCUGGGACUGAAAAGGAUUGUAAGAUGUCAGUCACAUCCUGUAUGAGUACUGCAGCGUAUUCCAGUAAUGCCACCAAAGAUGAUAUACCAGGCAAUUUACAACCUGCAGGUAUUCCUGUUGAGCACAACAGCAAUAAUCUCAUUGCCCUUGGUCAUUAUGCAAACCCUGAAUGUUUACCAGCCUGUAAGGAAGUAAUUAGUUCUAAAUCAAAGCCUGUGGAACUAAUUGUUGAAAAAUCAUCGCCAUGCAUCAAUGCGAAUCACAAAUAUUUAGCUACUGACAUAUUGGCUGAUACCCCAGGUGUCAAAAGAGGACUGGAAUCUCCUUCAGCAUGGAAGUCCCCUUGGUACAUAGAUAUGCAUAUGCACUUUCAGGGUUUUAGCCCAGGCGGUAGAACAUUUGAUGCGUUAGGGUUAGCAAAGCAGAUAGGUGUUCACAGUCCUGCUGCUGUGGUGGAGGCCCGUGAUGUGCUAGCAAGCGGCAACAUGAACUCUGAUAAGGAAAACAAGGAGAAUAUUGAUGCCAAGACGGAACCAGGAACAAGCAAAUUGCAGACCAAAAUCAUGGCCGAGGCCAGAGUCCUGGAUUUCAACGAAUGCACCACACCUGCAAGAACAGCAGAUAAGAAACUUGGCAGCAGUCGCGGGAGAUGUGUGAGCUCACCUAUCCUUUCCUCCCACAGCCUGAAAAAUUUCCGAUAGCGUACAGUCUCAGCCCAGAAACUAGCUUCCAAAAGGCGUCGGGAACCGUGGACUGUUAAAACUUAUGUAUCAUUCAAUUCAAUUUUAAUUCUUUUUUAUUGGUUAAUAGUUUAUAUUUGAGAUGUUUGGGCCCCCUUGGCAUUCAUUUGUACUUGUACAUCAUACAUGUUGAUGCUGGUGCAGGUUCGGUCGCUCCGAGUGUCCAGAUCAGUCUACUUUUGCGUUGUAUCGGUCGGUUUUGUUGUAUCCUUUAUGCUUGGGGUAUAAUAUUGCGAGUCUCCUUUAUU